CCUGAACAGCUGAGAGAGAGAGAGAGAGAGAGAGGGAGCAUGGGAGGGAAGAGAGAACGAGCCACCUCAUCAAACACUGACAGAGAGGAGAGUGAGAGAGAGAGAGAGAGAGAGAGAGAGAGAGAGAGAGAGAGAGAGAAAGGGAGAUAGAGAGAGAUAGAUAGAUAGAUAGAGAGAGAGAGAGAGAGAGAGAGAGAAAGGGAGAGAGAGAGAAGGAGGAGGAGAGCAAGGGAGCAGUGAAGAAGGACACAGCAGGAGAAUCAGAGGCUGAACUUUUGUGAAACUUUUUCACAAAGAAACCCAAAAGCUUGAGGACUCAGGAUGUCGUCAGUACAUCAGGAGAACGGCCCAGAAGACGUCGGCCACCACAGCUUCUGGAUGCCUGGAAACUACCAGCGGACGGUGAAGAGGACGGAGGACGCCUUCCAGGCGUGUAACGACAUCGUGACGUGUUUUCAGGAGCGGGCUCGAGUAGAGAGGCUUUACGCUCAGCAGCUCAACGAGUGGAGCAACAAAUGGAAGCCCCUAGUGGACACCAGUCCUCUGUACGGCUCUCUGUUACGGGCGUGGCAGUGUUUCCUCUCCUCCGCCGACCGUCUCUCCACCCUGCACUCCUCCAUCUGCCGCUCCCUGGUGUCUGAGGACGGAGACCGGAUCAGGACGUGGCAGAAGGAGACCUUCCAUAAGAAGAUGUUCGGCGGCUUCAGGGAGUCGCAGGACUUUGAGACGGGAUUCGCUCGCGCUCAGAAACCCUGGGCCAAGAGACUCAAGAAGCUGGAGAAGGCGAAGGCGGCGUUCCACAAAGCGUGCCGUAAGGAGCACACGGCUCGGGAACGGGAAGCCCACGCUCAGGGAAACCCUGACAUCGCCAUCGAGAAACAGAGGAAGAUCCAGGACGAGCGAGAGAACGCACAGCAGGAGACUCAGAAAGUGAGAGCCCGGUACGAGAAGGUUCUGGAGGAAGUGACACGUUACGCCCCGCGCUACAUGGAGGAAAUGGAGUCCAUCUUCGACCAAUCGCAGGAGGAAGAAAGGAAGCGGAUCAGCUUCCUCAAGCAGGCCUUUUUGUCCAUCCACAGGCACCUCGACGUCACCAACAACGAGAGUGUGAAGACCGUGUAUAAUGAGCUCCAUGAUGCUCUGAUGGCCAUUAAUGACCAGGAGGACCUGCGCUGGUGGAAGAACACACACGGGCCGGGCAUGCCCACCGACUGGCCCCAGUUCCAGGAAUGGACACCGGAGAAGAAGCUUAAGAAAGGAAAGAAAGCUGUGGAGCAGAAAGCGGUGGUGAUGGAGAGAGGUGUGAUGAUUGGUGGAGUCCGAGUUCGAGCUCUUUAUGAUUAUGCUGGACAGGAGCCGGAUGAGCUGUCCUUUAAAACUGGUGAGGAGUUUGUGAAGAUCGAGGAUGAGGAUGAUCAGGGUUGGUGUAGAGGGAUGAUGGAUGGAGGCAAAGAGGGUCUUUAUCCAGCCAACUACGUGGAGGUGGUGUAGGUCCACCGGUGCGACCUACCACUGUGAUGGAACACACACACACACAAACACACACACACACACACACACACUGACAACACUGCUUUCAACACGCCCUUGUCAACGACAUCACACGAGUGCGUUAGUUACAGCUCAGUUGCUUCAGAUUGCAAUGCCUUCUGGGUAACUUUUGCCUUUGAAGUCUAAAGUCAUGUGGCACUGAACAAACAUCUUGUGCAGAACUUCCAAUGUGUGCAUUGGGCUCCACCCUGCUCCACCCAGCCCCACCCUACUCCACCCAUCUCAGCCCACGUUGUCCAGCCCCAUCUCAAUCUACCUACCCCAGCCCCCAGACUCCACCUAGCCCCACCCACUUUGCCUAACCCCACCAUAUUUCACCCAGUCCUGCCCUGUUCCACCCAACCACGCCCACUCUGCCUAGCCCCACCUACUCCAUAAUUCACCCACUCCUGCCUCAUUCCAUGCAGCCACGCCCACUCUGCCUAGCCCCACCUACUCCAUAUUUUACCCACUCCUGCCCUGUUCCACCCAACCACGCCCACUCUGCCUAGCCCCACCCAGCCCAUAUUUCACCCACUCCUGCCUUGUUCCACCCAGCCACGCCCACUCUCCUAGGUGCAGCCCCACUCCCCAAUUUCUAACAAAGUUGCAUUGGCUGUAAAAUGAAAGUCAUUAAACAGGUCUGGACCAUCACGUGCGUACCCGGGCUGAUAAAAUAACACACUGACCCCUCAGAUAACGACACCGUUUCAACCAAGGACAAACAGAGAGGAGGAGUCGACAAGGGCGUGUUCAAAACAAUACUGAAACCCAGCCACACUCUGCCUCAUGCGUCCUGACUGAUUCUGGAGCUUCCCAACUUCCUGCCGGUCCAUCGUUUUUAUUUAAAAUUUGUAUUAUUUGGUAUUUUCUGUGUAAAAAAAGUUUCUACGUGUUUAGAGUUUGGAAGCGACGCUAGUUGAGAAACGAGAAUGAGAGAAGUAGAGAAGUUUGCUGUGAUGUUCGGGUGUUUCGUUCGAGUCGGAGGUGUUUAAUAUGCUAGCAUGUACGUGUAUGAGGAUUGUGCAGAGCGAAUAUCACGAUGAAUAUCUGACCAGUCGAAUUCUUCAAGCAUCGUGAAGCGCUACUCCCGGUCAGUGUCAGCUGACGUAAAGACUACGUCGGGUCGACAGAACACCCGAUUCAAGUGACAUGGAGUGUUCCUGACAUGAAGCUAUGACACUUUCCUGAUUGGUUCAUGUUCGAUUGACUUCGUAGCUCAGUGUACUCUUAGCAUCCUGUACUCUCCUGGCAAUAAUUCUCUUGAACUUGUUCUAUAUUUUGUAACAUUACAACCUGGAACUUAAUUGUGAUUUUUAACGUGAUGUAAACAUUGUUGUUUCGCCCCCUGGAGGACACAUAGUAGAUAUACUGUACCUUGGCUGUAGUUCCAGCUGUAUCUCUAUCAGCUGUGCACAUCUGGAACCCGAUAUUUUUGUAGUCAGAUCCGACUGCGGUUUGGGCUUUGACUGGGUCGUUCAUUCAGGUUCCUGCUUCCUGUUGCAAACAAAGUGAAGCUCCGCCCCAAUCACAAGUCACCUGCGUACCGAAACAUGUUCUAGGAUUGUUCCGGAUUUGCCUCUUCCGUCUAUCCCGCCCUCAAGCCUGACCAGUUUCCCAGUCCCUGCUGACCACGCAGCCUCCCUACGUCACGAUGGUACCAGCACCGUGCUUCACCGCGUGGGAUUUCCACCCGAAAACUCUUCACCGCGUGUUCCAACAUCUCGAAUGUUUCCCAAAGCUUUUUCUUCUUCUCCCAUUUCAGUUCCAGGCUGUAACGCUGUAAACGGAGUUUCGUUUAUAUAUAAUUUAUAUAUUUGUGCGUGUCUGUGGGGAAGAUUUCACGUAGCUGCCGUUUGAGCAUUUCAGGAAGCGCUUCACACCGAAGAAUCACAAACCAAAAGUUUAUUCUGUGUUAAAAAUCUUUAUCAUUUCUCUUUUAAGUAAUAUAUGUUAUUAUAUGUAUAUUUUUUUGUAGCCGUAAAGCAGCAGGCGGCGUCUGUACGACGUCCGUACGACGUCCCGCUGACUUCAUUUCACCUCCUUUGAGUUCAUCGGUGUUAAAGAGUGUAAAAUUUACAUAAGAGUUAUUUUUGGUUUGUUUUUGUUUUGUUUUUAAAUAUGCAAAGCGUUCUUUUAAAGGGUGACGUGUGUACGUGCGUAUCAUGAUACGUGCACCUUAUUUACCGUAGCUAUUCAGUAGAACACACACACACACACACACACACACACACACACACACACACACAUACACACACGGGACGGGAAGGUUGUUUCUAAAUGUCAAAAUACCAAUAAAUAAAUGUAAACAAAUAAAUGGUCUCUUUGUGUUGGGUAUUGUGUGUGUGUGUGUGUGUGUGUGUGUGUGUGUGUGUGUAUGCUUCCAUAUAUAGCAUCAUAGGAUCUUGCUUCUCAUUGCCUACUAAAAAUGUCAGAGGACUGAAUGUGUCAUCUGCUACAGCAGGGGGAAGAGCUUUCUCUUAUAGAGCCCCACAGUUAUGGAACAGUCUUCCUAUUAGUGUUCGGGACUCAGACACAGUCUCAGUGUUUAAGUCUAGGCUUAAAACGUAUUUGUUUACUCAAGCCUACCCUGACUAGAUUCUGUUCUACUACUUC